AUGCAAGGACGACACGAAGCAUGUAUUUGUCCUAGAUGUCCUGACUCUGAGCGGCACGAAAACUAUCCUGCAAUGAUGAAAAGAACAAAUCGUUUUUAUCAACCACAAGUUCUACAGGCUCGUCGAAAACAACUUGCACAUUUUUCAUUAUUUUCACAUUAUGACUGUCGAACUAUUACAUCUCGAAUCAGCGAAUCUGUUUGGGAUAUUACCGAUAUCAACGAACGACAACAAUCUGAUGGUACUGAGUCAUGGCAUAUUCACGAGAUCAAACCUCAACGUGAAUCGUUUGCUCGAAUAUCCCCUGUAGAAAUUAUGAGUCCAUCAUCAAAAGAAGCUAAUUUUCCAUCAAGUCCGUCUGAACCACAAUUCGAAUCUCACAUAAAUGACAUAGCAUUCAAGCACGUUCCCGAAACCACGUCACAACGCCUGUUGUUUGUAUACGCAUCUUGUUCGGCAAAGCUGGGCAAUGAACAAACGAUCGUUUAUUUUACCGAACACCAACAAUCGCAUUGCAGUAUUCAAUUAGCAUCACACUUUAGUCGACCAGAUUCCAUAAUAUAUGGCCAUCAGCAUCUGUUAUUUCUCUUGAAGAGCACAUGGGUUCUUCUCUUAUUGUUAAUUUGA